CUCUCCACCACAUCCUCCCUCGUCCUCUCUUGCACUCUCGCCCAGCUCUGCCUCCAUCACGCCGCCGCAGCAGCAGCCUGCACACCUCAUCAUCAUGCCGAAAGCAGCAGCAGGCGGCGGCGCCGGCGUCGGCCCGUCGCGGCGCACGUGGGACAAGCAGGAGUACAUGGAAAAGGCAAAGAGCCGCGACGACGAGGACCGGGAGCGGGCAAAGGAGAACCAGGAGCGCCUGCUGAAGGGCAAGAAGCCAGCGCGACGCAGAGAGGAACUGCCAAAGGCCACCGAGUCGCUCAAGGCGCGCGAGAACCCGCUUGAGCUCGACAAGAAUGUCGGCAAGACACUCAUGGUCGACGUGGUGGGCGAGGGAGGCGGGCGGCGCGGCCCGGGCUACUACUGCGAGAUCUGCAAGCGGACGUGCAAGGACAGCAUUGGCUAUCUGGACCACAUCAACGGCCGCAUGCAUCUGCGCCGCAUCGGGCAGACUACGCAAGUGGCGCGCUCGACGCUCGACGAGGUGCGCGAGGCACUGGCACAGCUGCGCGCCGAGACGGCCGCCGGCGCUUCGCGGGCAGAGACGUACGACUUUGAGGCGCGCCUGGCAGCCAUUGCACAGGCGCAGCAGGAGGAGAAGGAGCGGCGCAAGCGGCAGCGCCGCGAGGCAAAGGAGCGCAAGAAGGCAGCGCCGCUGCCGCAGACGGACGAGGACGCAGCGAUGGCGGCCAUGAUGGGCUUCGGCUCGUUCGGCACCAAGCGGUGACACACAGACAAACGACGACGCAAUACCAGACUCUAGACAUUAG